AUGGCCGACGGGAAGCUGCUCUCCGUAGACGAGAUCUCGAAACACAACACGCCAGAGGACUGUUGGAUCGUAGUCGACGGUAAUGUAUGGGACAUGACAGAGUUCGCACCCGAACAUCCAGGAGCACCACAGAUCAUCUGGAAACACGCCGGCCGCGAUGCCUCAACCUCCUACAAUGCCAUCCACUCUCCCAACGUCAUCUCCUCGAACCUCGAACCGUCCAAGCUCAAAGGUAGGGUCGAUACACGUACCAUCACAGACGAAUGGCAACGGCCUUCCCCAACAGCCACGACCGAACUUCAGCUCAACGAGAAACCUCCCCUCAACACCGUGAUCAACGCCCAGGACUUCGAAGAUAUCGCCCAGCGUACGAUAAGCAAUAAGACAUGGGGCUUCUAUUCCUCAGCAGAUACAAACUGCAUCACAAGAGAUCGUAAUCAGGAGUACUUCAGUCGGAUAUGGUUUCGACCACGGCUGUUGCGAGAUGUCAAGAAUGUCUCCACUGAGACGACAAUCUUCGGGCACAGAGCGGGAGUACCAAUAUAUGCUGCGCCGGCAGCCAUGGUCAAGAUGAUCCACCCAGACGGCGAAAAAGCUAUAGCUCGUGGAUGCGUGCCGAAUUGUGUUCCUCAAGGUAUAUCAACCAACGCCAGUUUCCCUGUCGAAGAGAUCGUUUCAUCAAUCGAGCCGGGCGGACAUGCGUUCUUCUUCCAACUGUAUGUGAACAAGGACCGAAAGAAGUCAGAGGCGCUGCUCAGACAUGUUCGCUCACUGGGGAUCGACACAAUCCUUGUCACAGUCGACGCGCCAAUGCCCGGGAAACGAGAAGCAGACGAGAGAGUCAAGAUGGACGAAAAUCUGAGCACACCCAUGUCUGAAAUGAAGGGCUCAAAUGACAACCGUGGCGGCGGUAUCGGUCGACUAAUGGGCGGCUUCAUUGCACCCGACUUCACAUGGGACGAGUUCACCUGGCUACGAAAGCAUUGGGACGGGAAGAUUGUGGCCAAGGGCAUUCAAACCUGGCAAGAUGCAAAAAUGUGCGCCGACGCCGGCUUGGACGGUAUCAUUCUCUCCAACCACGGCGGCCGCAACCUCGAUUCUUCCCCACCCGCCAUCUUAACCCUCCUAGAAUGUCAACUCAACUGCCCCUCCAUCUUCACGUCCCUCGAAGUCCUCGUCGACUCCGGCAUCCGCCGCGGUGCCGACGUGCUUAAAUGUCUCUGUCUCGGCGCCACCGCCGUGGGCCUCGGUCGACCAUUCCUGUACGCGGCGAAUUACGGCCAAGAAGGCGUGGAGCAUCUGAUUGAGAUCAUCAAGACGGAACUGGCGACGGCGAUGGCGUUGGUGGGGAUUACAGAUUUGAGGCAGUGUGAGCCGGGGAUGGUGAGUACGUUGGAGUUGGAUCCGUUGGUGGUCAAGGGCGAGGGACAUCCUUAUGCUACGGGAAGGAGGAUGGGAGGUUCGACGAGGGCGAGGCUGUAG